AGUCCGUCAGAAAACUUCGCAGAGAUAACAACAAGUGGCCCCCAAAUAAGUGCGGUUUGUGUUGUGUCCGUGAUAAACGAAAAAAAAAAACGAAUUAAUUAGUUGGAGUGAAACAGUGAUAUUGAAAAAGCAGUGACAGAAAGAGACGAAGAUUUAACAAUGAUGACGAUUAGCGAGAGUCAAUAUUCAUCGAAUAAAAUGUCCAGUAUUCACAAGAUCAACGACCGUGUCGUCCACAAGGACAGCUUCGACGACGUCAAAAGUUCUUCCAGCGUCAACAGUUCCCUCAUCACGAAACGAGGCUUCAAACCAUCAGAUAUGUUUGACCCUAAAAAAAAAGAGUUCUUAACGAAUCUCAGCUAUAAAUUGUUCCCUGUAAGUUGGAACGACGUGGACAUACCCAGCAGCGAAACCUUACUCCCGGAACUUGCUGAAGAUUUGGAUACCAAGCCGAUCAUCGUUGGUGACAAGGAAGUCGAUUUGAACAAGAUCUUCACACCCGCUCCGGACGCUGAGGAACACACCAUUAAAAAAGAUCGCAAGUUUGAGAAAACAUUCGCAUCAUCAGCGUUUUAUGUGCCCGGAGUGCAUCCCACAGUCAAGGAACAAAUGGAUCUUGCACGAGCCAUCUCCAAGUCCCUGUCCGAUUCCAGCAAUCACAUGAGCAAGGGUCAGAGCAUGUACGUUAACAGGAAGAAACGAUCCGUGAAGUGGGUACAUGAGGGCCGAGGACGCAACACAUCCAAUACAUGCGCGUCGGUGUCGCCCGUUGCUAACCACGACACACCGUAUCGUCCGCCAUCGAGUCUGCGAAACCAAAAAACUUAUCCGAAAUCAGCACUGAAGCACACAUCAAACUUACCAAAAAUGGAGCCUUUCCCCGUAACACCACCAACAAUAACAAUACAAGACAUCGAAGUAAAAGUACCAUUGGCCCCAACGAAGUUAAACGACGUCUACGCGUCGCCAAAAAGCCCGCGCUUGCCACUCGUUUUCGGUCCGAAUUACAACGUGGCACCGCGAGGUUGGGGCGAAAUGAAAGAUUACUACCGGCCAGUGUCACUAGAUGGCGUUGGUAACGUAAAAGCCGGUUACACAGAUUAUUAAUGAUGAAUGUUGUAGAUUACAGGCUAACUGUGAAAAGAUAAUUUAAACGGAUUACCAAUAGGUAUCGAUAUAAAGAAAAUUUUAAAACUUUUUAAGUUAAUUCAUUAAAAAUUGUUAUAUGCGUUGUAUUUUUAAGCGAUGUUGGAUACUCAAUUAAGUAUAUUUAAUCUGUUAAGAAUAAAGAUUAAA